UCCCUGUAUGUAAUAAGACAAAAAAUGGAAAUGCUCAAUACAUAAACGUUGUUGCCUGUCUAGGAAUGGCCUCUCCUACUUCCUGGUCUGAAGAGAACUUUUCAUGUCCCAUCUGUCUGGAUGUGUUCAGCAGCCCAGUGUUUACACCAUGCGGACAUAACUUCUGCAGAGCCUGUAUUACUAAGUUCUGGGAUGAACAAGCCCAGUGCAAAUGUCCAGUUUGCAACGAGCUCUUCCACGCUAGACCUGAUUUGAGGGCCAAUAUCCUCGUAUCAGAGAUGGCUGCUCAGUUUAAAACGUCUGUACGAGUGAAAGAGCAGCCUUGUGUUGAGCCAGGAGAAGUUCCCUGUGACGUCUGUACUGGGACCCAGCUGAAGGCCGUGAAGUCCUGCCUAGUGUGUCUUAUCUCUUACUGCCAAACCCACCUGGAGCCACAUCAGAGAGUCGCAGUCCUGAAGAAACAUCAGCUGGUCGAGCCUUUGGACCAUCUGGAAGAAAGGAUGUGUAAGAAACAUGACCGACUUCUGGAGCUCUUCUGCAGGACUGAACAGGUGUGCGUGUGUCUCUUGUGCACAGUGACGGACCACAAGUCCCAUCCUGUUGUACCUCUGAAGGAGGAAUAUGAAGUGAAGAUGGCCGUGCUGGGAAACGUAGAGUCUGUAGUUCCACAGAUGAUCCAGGAGAGAAAACAAAAGAUUAAGGAGAUAAAAGACACAAUAAAAUUGAGCAAGAAAGACGCAGACACAGAGAUUGCCGAUGGUUUGCAGGUCCUCACUGCUCUGAUGCGCUGCAUUGAAAAGUGGCAGGAAGAUUUCAACCAAGCGGUUCAAGAGAAACUGAAAUCCACAGAGAAACAAGCUGAAGACCUGAUCAAAAAGCUGGAGCAGGAAAUCGAGGAUCUGACCAAUAAAAGCUCAGAGGUGAAGCAGCUCUCACACACUGAAGACCACCUCCACUUCCUCCAGGCCUUCAGAUCCCUGAAGGAUCCUCCACCUACCAGGGACUGGACCACGGUGGAGGUCCGUCCUCCGUCAUACGUAGGGACCUGGAGGAGAUCCCUGGAUCAGCUGGAGGAGACACUGAACAUGGAGAUGAAGAAACUGCAUGGUGCUGAACUGAAGAGGGUCCAGCUGUAUGAAGUAGAUGUGACUCUGGAUCCUGAUACAGCUGUUUCCAAUCUCACCCUGUCUGAGGAUGGGAAACAAGUACAUUAUGGAGGUCCAGGGAAAAAACUCCCAGACAACCUGAAGAGAUUUACAUAUUUUCCAUGUGUUCUCUCGAGUCAGAGCUUCUCCUCAGGGAGAUUUUACUUUGAGGUCCAGGUUAAAGAUAAGUCUGUACGGUGUUUAGGAGUGGCCAGAGAGUCCAUCAACAGAAAAGCACACAUUGCAUUGACCCCUAAAAAUGGCUGCUGGAGGAUAUCAUUCAACAAGGAUGUGUUUGUAUUUCAUGAUGACCCUGUUGUCCGUGUCCCUCUGAGAGCUGAGCUCCAGAAGGUAGGGGUGUUUGUUGAUUAUGAUGAGGGUCUGCUCUCCUUCUAUGAUGUGGAAGCCAGGGUUCAUAUCUACUCUGCUACUGGCUGCACCUUCCGUGAGCCUCUCUAUCCACUCCUCUAUCCAUUUAACUUUGAUGAUAGAAAACCUUCCCUCCUGAUAAUCUCACCAGUUAAUCAAACCGACUUCACUGAUUGAUAUUAAACAAACAAGAACUAAUGAUAUUUCCUGAAUAAUCUGGUAUUUUAGAUCAGAAAACUGCAUUAAUGUUGUACUUUUGUCAUUUACAAGGUAUGAAAAUAACCCUGAACAUUUUAAAUAUAGCCCAUUGUAAAUUAUUAUAUUCCACUAUAUUCUGUAAUGUGUGUUUUCGCCGUAUAUUUUUUUAUAUAAUAUUGUCAAUUGUUUCAGUUAUGAAGAACAACUUUAGACGAUACCGUAAUAAUAUUUACAUUACUAGUUGUAGUUGAUAUAUUUUGGAAUCGUGAAUAAAUACCCAAUUCAUAUUUUUUCCCUUUUCUGA